GAUCUUUAAAGUUGUUAGACGAUCAAUUACAAGUGAAUUAUCUAGUUCGUCUAGGACCCCUUCAUUUUUUGAGUUCAUUGAGAUGGGUGGGUUCCUCUUGGAUAGUGUACAGGAAAAGCAAAAAAAGAAAAAGAAGUCAUCAAAACCCAAACCCAUUCAAAGUUCUGAUUUACCUGAGAUUUCAACCGAAGGCUUCUGCCAAAAUUUCUUACUAGACAUCUCAUAUGAUCUAAUUGCUUCAAUUGGAAAAAAUCAUAUCAAAGCAGAAGAAGCUAUACGCAAAUCAGAAAAAUGUCUAGCUCAUAACUCAUCUUUUAGCCUAUUAUAUUCAGCAAAA